UUAUCUAUGGUUUAUGAUUUGUUUCCAUAAAUAAGAUGCUUGCAAUAGAUGUUUGUUUCAAUUAUUGUUGAGGCACGGCCGUCAUAACAAUUAUACAAAAUAUGCCUGUUAGGAUACAAUAAUUAAUUGGUAAAAACAAUGACAAACGGUAAUAAAUUGAAACCAUUUGAAGAUUAUAUUAUUUCAAAAUAUUGUCUGAAAGUUCCUUUCGGAAAAUUUGCGUGGAUUGUUGUUUCGGUGCCUUUCUUUUCAUUUGUAUUCUGUGCAGUAUAUUCAAUUCUUUACAAUUUUGAGAAAUCUACUUCAUCUCAUUGUCAUGUUUACAAUUUUCUCCCUUCUGUUUCAUCUAUAAUUGGCAAUUUUUAUCCGCAAAAGAAUAUCUGGCAGUUUGCUGUUAUCUUUCAGUUUAUUCCCAGACUUCUAGUAGCUAACUUUUACUUAAAGUAUCAUCAAGAAGUUUUAUAUCCAUGGACAUUUUGUUGUAACAUACUGGUAUGUUUCUUGAACGUUAUAGAAAACAUAGCUUUAAUUAUACUUUCAUUUUGGACUUCAUCAAAUAGUUAUGCUGUCCACAAAUUUGCAUUCAUCACAUUUAUCUGCGUGACAGAAUGUUAUAUGUUAAUCAUAUGGAUUAUGCAUAAACGAUUUCGAAGAAGUCAAAGAAAUACAGCAGAAGUUAAAAGUCUAAAAUUAAAGAAGAGGAUACUUCUGUUAAAUCUAAUCUGUAUAAUAUUGGCAGUAUAUUUUUUUAUGAGGCAUAAUUCUUUUUGUGAACCAUAUGUGUAUUCGGCUUUUGCCUUUUUUGAAUAUGUAAUAGUUCUCUCUAAUAUGGCAUUCCAUAUGACAGCUUAUCUUGACUUCAGUGAUAGGAUGCUGCUACUCAGUUUUAAUGGGAUUGAAAUGAAAUAUCGAUAACAUUCUGUUUGUAUCUAGUUUUUUUUAUUACUACAUACUGAUAAGUAUAGCUUUAUUAAAACAUUUUACAUUUA